AUGGGCAACUAUGGGAGUGAAGAUGCCCCUGUUACUGAUCUUGAGCAAGUAUUAUGCUGCGAGCCAAAAUAUAUCUGUGUUGAUGGUGAUGGGACCGUUCCGGUAGAAUCAGCCAAGGCCGAUGGCCUCGACGCGGUGGCAAGGGUUGCUGUCCCUGCCGACCACCGUGGGAUAUUGUGCGACCGGCACGUUUUCCGAAUCCUCAAAACUUGGCUCAAGGCCGGAGAACCCGAUCCUUUCUACAACCCGCUCAACGAUUACGUUAUCCUCCCCACGGCCUUUGAGGUCGAGCGGCACCGCGAGGAAAACAUGCAGGUUACCUCUCUCAAGGAAGACUGGGAGAUCAUUUCUUCGAGCACCGGCGGCGAUUCCGAUAAGAUAUCCACCGCCGAAAUUCCUGCUAUGGCGGGCUCAUUAUCGGUAUCUUGCGAGGGUAAGGAGGGUUUGUUAGAAGAAGCCCAGGCGACGGUCGUCGUUCAUCCUCAAAAUGAUGGGAUUCAACAUGUUGAAGUUCGGGCCGUGGGUAUCGCCAUCGAUGCAUAG